AUCUGGACACACAGGACUCCCCCGGCCCUGACUUCUCUGUCCGAAGUCGGGGCACCCUCCUACCACCUGUAGAGAAGCGGGAGUGGAUCUGAAAUAAAAUCUAGGAAUCUGGGGCUUCCUAGACGGAGCCAGACUUCGGAACGGGUGUCCUGCUACUCCUGCUGGGGCUCCUCCAGAUGCCAUGGAGCUGGAUCUGUCUCCACCUCAUCUUGGCAGCUCUCCGGAAGACCUUUGCCCAGCCCCCGGGACCCCUCCUGGGACUCCCCGGCCCCCUGAUACCCCUCUGCCUGAGGAGGUAAAGAGGUCCCAGCCUCUCCUCAUCCCAACCACCGGCAGGAAACUUCGAGAGGAGGAGCGGCGUGCCACCUCCCUCCCCUCCAUCCCCAACCCCUUCCCUGAGCUCUGCAGUCCUCCCUCACAGAGCCCUCUUCUCGGGGGCCCCUCCAGUGCAAGGGGGCUGCUCCCCCGCGAUGCCAGCCGCCCCCAUGUGGUAAAGGUGUACAGUGAGGACGGGGCCUGCAGGUCUGUGGAGGUGGCGGCAGGUGCCACAGCUCGCCAUGUGUGUGAAAUGCUGGUGCAGCGAGCUCACGCUUUGAGCGACGAGACCUGGGGGCUGGUGGAGUGCCACCCCCACCUAGCACUGGAGCGGGGUUUGGAGGACCACGAGUCGGUGGUGGAAGUGCAGGCUGCCUGGCCCGUGGGCGGAGAUAGCCGCUUCGUCUUCCGGAAAAACUUCGCCAAGUACGAACUAUUCAAGAGCUCCCCACACUCCCUGUUCCCAGAAAAAAUGGUCUCCAGCUGUCUCGAUGCACACACUGGUAUAUCCCAUGAAGACCUCAUCCAGAACUUCCUGAAUGCUGGCAGCUUCCCUGAGAUCCAGGGCUUUCUGCAGCUGCGGGGUUCGGGACGGAAGCUUUGGAAACGCUUUUUCUGCUUCUUGCGCCGAUCUGGCCUCUAUUACUCCACCAAGGGCACCUCUAAGGAUCCAAGGCACCUGCAGUACGUGGCAGAUGUGAACGAGUCCAACGUGUACGUGGUGACGCAAGGCCGCAAGCUCUACGGGAUGCCCACCGACUUUGGCUUCUGUGUCAAGCCCAACAAGCUUCGAAAUGGCCACAAGGGGCUUCGGAUCUUCUGCAGUGAAGAUGAGCAGAGCCGCACCUGCUGGCUGGCUGCCUUCCGCCUCUUCAAGUACGGGGUGCAGCUGUACAGGAAUUACCAGCAGGCACAGUCUCGCCAUCUGCGUCCGCCUUGUUUGGGUUCCCCACCCUUGAGAAGUGUCUCAGAUAACACCCUGGUGGCCAUGGACUUCUCUGGCCAUGCUGGGCGCGUCAUCGAGAACCCCCGGGAGGCUCUGAGUGUGGCCCUGGAGGAGGCCCACGCCUGGAGGAAGAAGACAAACCACCGCCUCAGCCUGCCCACGCCGGCCUCCGGCACGAGCCUCAGUGCGGCCAUCCACCGCACCCAACUCUGGUUCCACGGGCGCAUUUCCCGUGAGGAGAGCCAGCGGCUUAUUGGACAGCAGGGCUUGGUAGACGGCCUGUUCCUGGUCCGGGAGAGUCAGCGGAACCCCCAGGGCUUUGUCCUCUCUUUGUGCCACCUGCAGAAAGUGAAGCAUUAUCUCAUCCUGCCGAGUGAGGAGGAGGGCCGCCUGUCCUUCAGCAUGGAUGAUGGCCAGACCCGCUUCACUGACCUGCUGCAGCUCGUGGAGUUCCACCAGCUGAACCGCGGCAUCCUGCCAUGCUUGCUGCGCCACUGCUGCACGCGGGUGGCCCUCUGACCAGGCCAUGGACUGGCUCGUGCCUCAGCCCGCCUUCAGGCUGUCCGCCGCCUCUCCACCCAUCCAGUGGACUCUGGGAUGUGGCAGCGGGGAACGGGAUGAGGAGCGGAAGGGUUCCCCCACUCCAGUUUUCGCCUCUGCUUCUUUGCCUCCCUCAGGUAGAAACCAGCCCCCGCUCCAGUUCACUCCUGACCCCUCAGCUCAAGGGAAGGCCUGGGGUGGCCCCCUCCCCUUCUCCUAGCUCCAGAGUUGCUGCUCUAGGGCAGGGCAUUAUGGGAGAAUUGGGGGCAGCCCAGGCAUCCUCAUGCCCCACACUCUGUACAGACUGAGAGGCCAGUUGAUCUGCUCUGUUUUAUACUAGUGACAAUAAAGAUUAUUUUUUGAUA